AUGGCUGAACAGUUGCUAUCGUGGCUGAACGGCUGUGUCGAUUUCCCCUGGAGAAAUGCCGCCAACCUGCGAUUAAUACAUGUGGAUAUCAUGCGACUGUGCCGCCCCGAUGGCCCCGGCUACCUCGUCCCGCCGCCACCGCAAAAUCUCGACCGCAACGCUCAUCCCAACUGGCCGUCUUCCCUUGCGCGAUUUUGGCUGAUAAAGUCGGCGAACGAUGGGGUGGAAUACUGGGCCCUUCCGGACAUCCUGGGGCUCUUUAUGAGCAGUUUAGGUCGAGCACCGACGGCAGCGAGCAAGAGGAAUUUCUACCUCCCGCUGACCGCUGUCUACGGACAGUGGUGUAUAAAACUGAUCAGGAAGGGUAUACGCACUUGGCCAAGAGUGUUUCAGUGCACCUCGACCGAAGACGAGGAGUUUUAUCUUGGAGCCUCCAGAGGGGGAUUUACGCCCGAUAGGCGGAUAGGAUCCUGGCUUGCCGUGUUGGACAGGGCUCGGUACGGGAUCAUUAGGUCCCCAUUACUACAGCUGACCAAUUGGUCACAAGCUUGGGCUCCUACCAUCCGAGCUCGAGGCCGAGAAAGGCGCAGGCUGUUUGGCCGUUGUGCGGAGACAUAUCCUGUUCACAAACUUCUGAUGUUAGCGUUAUGCAACAGCUACAUACACCUGGCCCCUAGCUACGACGAUCGACUCUCUGGGAGGAUCUGGGAGAGCCUCUGGGACCCCUGUGACAAUUGUCGAGUCCUCAUCAGCAUCAACAAGGCCAAUAUUCUCAACUUCGGCUGAUUCACCGGAAGCGUGGGAGCCCCGCCUUGAUUGUGA